AUGCGUUUCUCCGUCGCCGCCGUCCUCGCUUUUGCGACCGCUGUCUUCGCCCAGACCGAUGGCUUUGAUGUCAUCUCCAACCCUUAUGCCGGCGAGAAGGUGCUUGCUGGCAAGCCCUGUGAGAUCAAGUGGGCGCCCUCGACCGACCCCAAGUUCCAGGGCCCCGUCCGUAUCGAUGUCCUUGGAGGUGCCACCCCUCAGUCGUUGGACAUUGUUGGAUCCGUUGCCAGCGGCGUUGACGGCACCAAGGGUUCUUACAAGUGGAGCGUCGCCUCGAACCUUGGCACUGAGAACACCUACGGUAUCAAGAUCACCUUGGAGUCCAACGAGAAGAUCUUCCAGUACUCGUUCCCCUUCCACAUCAUUGGCGGCUCUGCCGACUCUGACGAUGCCACCACCGUUGUUGUUCCCACCACCACUGCCGCUGUUACCGCUAAGCCUCUGACCGUCACCGCUCCUUCCACCACCAAGGCUGCCACCACUACCGUCAAGGAAUCCGAGGCCGCCGAGACCACCUCCGUUGCCGCUACUGCUUCCGCUUCCGGCUCUGCCAGCGACAAGGCCUCCACUUCCGACUCUGCCAGCGACGAGGCCUCCGCUUCCGGCGCCGUUUCCUCCUUCAGCACCGUCGUCAGCGCCUCUGCCUCCAGCGAGGCUUCUGCCACCUCUGACGUCGUCGCUACCCCUUCCGCCUCUUCCACUGAUGUUGUCACUGGUGGCGCUGCUGCCUUUGGCGCCAGCACCGGUGUUCUCCUCGGUGGUGUUGCCAUGGCCCUCUUCGCCCUCUAA